CUCGUGACGCAAAAAUAGAAAUUUUGCUGGUACGAUUAGUAGCAGAAAAGAAUUGAGUACUCAAAGCAGUAAUGGCGGUUCCAUUUCCUUGCAGCAGUUCUUCCGUUUUCCACCGCCGUAGCAUUUUCAGGGAGGCAUCACCGCCUCAGAUCCGUCGUAAAUCUCAUCCAUGGAAGAAUUUCAACUUUUUAGCUUCGAAUACUCACUUUUCUUGCUCGCGAUCGGAUUUACAGCUCUCUGUUUCUUCUCCGAAGUUCAUCGAGAACUUGCUGGAUUGUGUUGAUUUGAGUGAGGAGGAGGCGCAAAACUCUCUGGAGUUUUUGCUCGGAGAUGCUAAUGAAGCUCUGAUCAGUGCUUUCCUUGUUCUUCUUAGAGCCAAAGGAGAAACUUUUGAGGAGAUUGUAGGUUUAGCAAAAGCAAUGAUCAAUUGCAGUCGAAAGGUGGAGGGGAUAGAGCAUGCAGUCGACAUUGUAGGGACGGGUGGAGAUGGGGCUAACACGGUUAAUAUAUCAACUGGAGCUGCUUUACUUGCUGCUGCCUGUGGUGCUAAGGUUGCCAAGCAAGGAAAUCGAUCAAGUUCUUCUGCUUGCGGAAGUGCGGAUGUAUUGGAAGCGUUAGGAGUAAACAUAAAUUUGGAACCUGAGGGAGUGAAGAAAUGUUUGGAAGAAGUGGGUAUCGGGUUUAUGAUGUCUCCUAAUUAUCAUCCAGCAAUGAAGAUUGUUGCACCAAUUCGAAAGAAACUAGGAGUGAAGACCGUUUUCAACGUGUUAGGUCCUAUGCUUAACCCUGCUAGGGUUCCCUUUGCAGUCGUUGGUGUAUACAAGGAAGACAUUGUUACUAAAAUGGCAAAAGCUUUGCAAAGAUAUGGCAUGAAAAGAGCUUUAGUUGUACACUCCGAGGGUUUAGAUGAGAUGAGCCCGCUUGGUCCCGGAGUAGUUUUCGAUGUCACACCAGAAAAGAUCAAGAAGUUCCAUUUUGACCCAUUGGAUUUUGGGAUUCCUAGAUGCACUGUUGAGGACUUACGAGGGGGGGACCCACAAUACAAUGCAAAGGUGCUAAGAUGUGUAUUGUCUGGUGAGAGAGGACCUAUUGCAGAUGCAUUGGUCCUGAAUGCAGCAGCAGCACUUACAGUGAGUGGACAAGUUGGCACCUUAUCUGAAGCAGUGGCUUUUGCACACGAUACACACCAAUCUGGAAAGGCUCUUAAGACACUAGACCAUUGGAUUUUUGUCUCAAAUUCUUAAUUAUUUUGC